AUGAGCACUCGACGAUGGACCAAUCAGUCAUUCAAAUCAUUCAAACCCCUCAACCGGGCCUACCUCAACCUCGGUCAGAAAACUACUCCGCUUCCCGCCAGACGGUCUCCCUACAGCACUCUGCACGCUGGGAUCCAGCAAGAAACGAGGAUCUCAACGCUUCCUAAUGGGAUCAGAGUGACGACAGAAGCUACACCGGGGCACUUCAUCGGCGCAGGCGUUUAUGUGGAUGCUGGUAGCCGGUACGAAAGUGCCUAUCUGAGGGGCGCAACUCAUUUAACUGAUCGGAUGGCCUUCAAGAGCACUCACAAUCGGACAACAGAACAAAUGUCGUUAGAAAUAGAACAAUUGGGUGGCUCAUUCUUUGCCUCCUCUGGCCGAGACACGGUCCUUUACCAAGCCACUUCCUACCCGGACUCCUUAUCCUCGGUACUCUCCGUGCUCUCCGACACGGCAUUGAACCCACUUUUGAAGGAUACUGAACUCGCGGUCGAACAGGAAGCCGCAGAAUGGGAAGUGAACGAGAUCAGCAAGAAGCCGGAAUACAUGAUCCCUGAAAUCUUGCACGAGACCGCCUUCCCUAACAAUACGCUAGGUUUGCCCUUAAUUUGUCCCAAGGAUCGCAUCCAUUCGAUCACCCCGGAAGUCCUAUGGUCCUACCGCUCGAUGUUCUUCAAACCUGAAAGGAUCGUUGUCGCUGGUGUCGGAGUCGAUCACGAUUAUUUCGUCUCUCAUGCCGAACGAUACUUUGGGAAUUUCCAAUCUGUCAACCCCACCGUCCCUUUGAACAAAAGCUUUGGUUCCGCUAUCUCAUCAGCUACGGCUGCUGCUGCGGGUGUAAUCGCAUCAAGUCUCUCAAAUCCAACAACCAGCUCAAAAUCGUCACUCUCAAAAACCUUUGCAACCACUACCAACGCCUCGCCAGUCGACCUGACGACAGGAAAAUCAUUAGAAUCCUUCGAAGAACUAAUCAGUGCCAAACCAAUCUAUAAAGGUGGCGAGAUUAGAAUCCCUGGAAAGACAGAGAGCAAUCUUGCCCAUAUCUACAUCGGAUUCGAGGCUCCAAGUGUCCACAACGACGAUCUCUAUGCGAUCGCUUGUACACAUAUCAUGCUUGGAGGGGGCUCCUCAUUCUCUGCUGGAGGGCCGGGGAAGGGGAUGUACUCGCGGCUGUACACCAACGUACUCAACCCGCAUCCGGAGGUAGACUUCUGCCAGGCCUUCCACCAUACCUACGCCGACGCCGGCUUGUUUGGAAUCGCGAUGGCAGUCGCGCCCGAGUUCGCUAACCAUGUCCCCCAGAUCAUCGCCUCUCAGCUCGACUUGAUAUCCCGCGACCAGUCCCGGGGCGGGAUCACUGAGGCCCAGCUCAGGAGAGCCAAGAAUCAGCUUCGUAGCACGAUGAUGUACGGCUUGGAAAGUAGACUGUUGCAGGUCGAAGAUCUUGGUCGGCAGGUCCAGACCGCUGGUCGAAAGAAACCAUGGCCGGAGGUGUGGGAGCGUAUCGAAUCACUAACGAUCAAAGACAUCCAUCGAGCGGUCUCCAAAAUUAUCCGCCCCGGAACAUCGCGCCAAUCGUCAUCAGAUGGCAAGACGUUCUCGGGCGAGCCGACGAUCGUGGCCACCGGGAUGAUCGAGCGGCUGGGAGAUAUCAAGGAGCUUUUCGCUCGGUACGGGAUCGGCGCUUCAGCCCCGCGCUCGAAUCGGCUUUGGUAG